AAGUCUGUUCAUUUUAUGCUUAAUAUAGAAAGAGAGAAAAAAGAAGAAGUUAAUUAUAAUAGCAAAUUGUCCGUAUCAUAUUUAGUCACAAUAAGCAAUUAUUAGGCCUAAAUAAAGGAAGGUCAUCUUUCUUUUCUUUGUCCUGUAAAUUCUUCCACUGUUUUAGACAUAGAACUUCAAAAUUUAAAUUAAUUUUACGCAAGUCGAUAGCUAUGUAUGUAAACUUGUAUUACAUGGUGUUUUAUCCAACAACAUAAGGUUUGCAGGGAUUAUUCUUUGAGAAAAAUGUGAAAAGAAAAAGUAGAGUAAGAUGUAAAAUGUCCAGCAAGUGGUGACUGACGAGCCACAGGUGACCAAGCUGUCCAAGCCAGAACAUUGCAGAGCAUCAACGCAUGUUAUUGCGAUUCUCUGAUGUACUGUUUAGAGGUCAGUUUCUUCUGCACUCAAAUAUGAAACAUCAACGUAAGCUGAAGCUACUCACUCAAAUUCUAACAAAAUCCUAUGCAGCAUAAAUGAUGUUCAGUUGAUCAUGUUCUUCUGAUGUUUUAGUGAAUUCUGUUUCAUUUGAUGUGUAUUUGCUGAGGAAAUUGGGGAUUGUUGCUGUUUAAGAAAUUGAAAGAAGAAGAGGAUAAAGGGAACUUUGAAACGCCAUGGGUGCAAAGAGGCGUUGACCUGGACGAGUACAUCUUGAAUGAUCAACAAUUUUCACUGAAAAAUGCAGAAAUUCUCAAACUGUUAAACGACAUCGUUGGCUUUUGUACUGCAUAGCUCUGACCAACCCGGCUCAGUUUGCCUUAAAACCCGCUUCAAACUACGUUAUGUUUCCUCGUAUGAAUGCGAGAUAUUAUUCUGUUAGGAUCAGUAGUUGGCCGUUAGUAGUUUCCCAUGUUUAUGGAGCUUUAGGGCAUAAGAAAAUCAUUUUUUUAUAUAUUUAUAAAUAUAAAUAUUUAUAUUUUUUUGGAUGAGAUUUUCACGUUUUGAUUUUUACUCAUAAUGUUUGAAACUCAAUUAACUAAUUUCCGUUUCUUCACGCGACUUGAACUUUCUUGGGUGUCAAUUCAAAAAUCCAAUUUUUCUUCCCGGAAAAUUUUGAUUUGGAGCGAAAUGGGUUUUCGUAGAUUUUAAUGGAACUGCAAAACCCUUGAACGGAUUUUGGCUUUGUUUUGAUGUGAUCUGGUAUUGGUGGUAUUAAAGAGAGAAAUCUCAUGGGAAAUUUUCUUGCUGGGUUUCUCUUGCCUCUGCUGCUUCUAACGGCUGCAUUGAGCAAUUGGAGUUUGAUCUCUCUUGUUGAUUUGGUAGCUUUCCUUCUCAUUCAGUAUACUGCACCCAAAAUAGGAUUCCGUUUCCGGAGGCAAUAUUUGUUACUUUGGCCUGUUAUCAUCUUUUCCCUACUUGUUUUUUCCUCACAAGCUGUAUAUCUUGUUGUAUGGGCGGUUGAAGGUUAUAAACAGAGUGUAGGAGAGGCUUGGUGGAUGAAACUAAUUGGUUUUAUGAUAAUCCAAUCUUGGAAAUCUCCUACUGUGAUUUAUUUCUUGGCUGUACAACUGCUAGUGGUGAUCGUUGCUGUGCUUGAUAUACAUGAUAACAGAUUUGGUCUUGUCCAAUGGCGGUGUUCUUGUUGGAGUCAUUUCUUAACAGCUAUCGAACGUUUAGGUUCCCAUCUUAGAGUUACUUCCUGUUUGCUUCUACCUCCUAUUCAGCUGGUUGCGGGAAUUAGCCAUCCCUCUUGGAUUUCUUUGCCUUUUUUUGUUAGUAGUUGUGUUGGGCUAGUGGAUUGGUCUUUGACAAGCAAUUUUCUAGGACUAUUCAGGUUCUGGAAGGCUCUCCAGCUUUAUGCAGGUUUCAACAUCGUCUUGCUUUACGUGUAUCAGAUCCCUUUAGAGUUUUCAGAUAUGUUACAGAGGAUUGCUGAUUUUGUUGGUCUAUUCAAAAUAUCUUCAACAUCUGAGUGGCCUGAAAUAUGCUCUGCUGUUUCUCUUGUACUUUUUUACAUCAUGCUAUCCUAUGUCAAAUAUGAUUUGGAGGAAAUGGAUUUUAUCAUGUCCAUGCAAGAAAGUAACUUGACAGAGCAACUACUUCCGUCAAAGCAUUCAUUCUUCAUUCGUCAAUCAAGAUCUGGUGUACGGCAUACCAAUGUUUUACUACGAAAGGCAGCUUUCCGGACUUUCACCAUCAACUUUUUCACUUAUGGUUUUCCAGUAUCCUUGUUUGCCCUUUCCUUUUGGAGUUUUCAUUUUGCAAGUAUAUGUGCUUUUGGGCUACUUGCAUAUGUUGGCUACAUUCUGUAUGCCCUUCCUUCACUGUUUCGUUUACACCGGUUAAAUGGGCUCCUUCUUGUCUUCAUUCUCUCGUGGGCUGUUAGUACCUAUAUAUUCAAUGUAGCAUUUGCAUUCUUGAAUAGGAAUUUUGGGAAGGAUAUGGGAAUUUGGGAGAUGGUUGGAUUUUGGCAUUAUCCCAUACCAGGGUUUUUCUUGCUUGCACAAUUUUGUCUAGGAAUUUUGGUUGCUUUGGGUAAUCUUGUAAAUAACUCUGUUUUCGUCUACUUAUCUGAUAAGGAUGCACUAUCAUCAAACAACUCUCCUGGGGAAGUGGAUGGAGAGACCAAGGUAUUCAUUGUGGCUACAAUUGCAUGGGGAUUGCGAAAAUGUUCUCGAGCUAUCAUGCUUGCUCUGAUAUUUAUCAUAGCAAUGAAAUCCGGAUUUAUCCAUGCUAUAUAUAUAAUUUUCUUUUUGAUCUAUCUUUUGAGCCACAACAUCAGCAGAAAUAUACGCCGGUCUCUGAUUCUUCUUUGUGAAGCUCACUUCGCAUUAUUGUACCUUCUUCAGAUUGAUUUGAUCUCUAAUGUUUUGGAGCAAAAAUGCUCCUCAAUUUUUGAAAUCAUGUCGCAGUUAGGUGUCCUUAAACAUCACAGCUCGUGGAACUUUCUGGAAAUAGCUUUGCUCGGUUGCUUCUGUGCGAUACAUAACCAUGGGUUUGAGGUGCUUUUUUCAUUCUCAGCAAUUGUGCAGCACACCCCUUGUCCUCCUGUUGGGUUCAGCAUCUUGAGAGCUGGUUUAAACAAAUCUGUCCUCUUGUCAGUAUAUGUAUCCCCAAACACAUCCUUCUGCUAUGAUAAUCCUUCUUACGAGAGAACGAUAGCAUCAUUCCUUAGUGGAAUUGGGCAGAAAUUUUUAUCAAUAUAUCGAUCAUGUGGAACCUACAUCGCUUUGCUGACUAUUCUUCUUACAGUUUUCAUGGUGACACCCAACUAUAUAUCAUUUGGAUACAUCUUCCUUCUUCUUGUUUGGAUUAUCGGAAGACAACUUGGUGAGAGAACAAAAAGGCACUUAUGGUUUCCAUUAAAAACAUAUGCUGUCAUGGUGUUCAUUUUUGUCUAUAGCGUAAGCAGUUUUACCAGCUUUAGGAUUUGGUUGUCUGGAUUUAUGGAUCUGUACUUUUAUUUGGGUUAUGAAUCUGAGGCUUCAUUGUUGGAUAAUAUUUGGCAAUCUCUAGCAGUUUUAAUUGUGAUGCAACUUUAUAGCUAUGAAAGGAGGAAGAACAAGAACUACAGGACUAGUUUUUCCAAUCCUUUAGAUUCUGGGGUACUUGGCUUUGCCAAGCGAUUUCUGAUUUGGCACAGCCAGAAGAUCCUGUUUGUCUCAUUAUUCUAUGCGUCUUUGUCUCCAAUUUGUGCUUUUGGAUUCUUGUAUCUACUUGGCCUUGUCAUAUGUUCAACUUUACCUAAGGCUUCUCGGAUCCCAUCCAAAUCAUGCUUAGUUUAUACUGGAUUUCUGGUCACAACAGAGUAUCUUUUUCAGAUGUGGGGUAAACAAGCUGGAAUGUUUCCAGGGCAAAAACAUUCUUAUCUGUCACUCAUUUUGGGUCUCCGAGUAUAUGAGCUGGGAUUUUGGGGUGUAGAAUCGGGCUUGAGGGGAAAGGUGCUGGUAAUUACUGCAUGUGUCCUUCAGUACAAUGUCUUCUUUUGGUUGGAUAAUAUGCCAACCUGUAUUUCAAAUAAAGGCAAGUGGGAAGAACCUUGUCCUUUAUUUUUGUCAGCAGAGGAUGCCUUCACCAAUGGCUUCAUGUCUAAUGGGGAAGAUAAACCAUCUACUAUUGGAACGGUACCUAUAAGACAAGUCAGACCAGCAAACAGUUCAUGGGCAUCUUUGAGCCUUGCUUUAUCUCAAGCGCUUCGUCCUGCAUCCUCGAAAGCAGGAGGCUCUGAGGUUAGCAGCAGGAGAAAAUUUUCAUUUGGAUAUUUUUGGGGAAGUACCAAGGAGAGUCACAAGUGGAACAGGAAGAGGAUCCUUGCACUAAGAGAAGAAAGAUUCGAGACUCAGAAGGCUCUCUUAAAAAUAUAUUUGAAAUUCUGGAUAGAAAACAUGUUUAACCUUCUUGGUCUUGAGAUUAAUAUGAUUGCUUUGCUUCUUGCAAGUUUCGCUUUGUUGAAUGCCAUUUCUAUGCUAUAUAUUGCAUUAGUUGCUGCUUGUGUUCUUUUGAAUCGCUGGAUAAUACGUAAAUUAUGGCCAGUGCUUGUAUUCUUGUUUGCUUCCAUUCUCAUCCUUGAGUAUAUCGCCAUCUGGAAGAGUAUGUUUCCUCCGAAUCAACGGAGUCAGACUGAAAUCCGCUGCCAUGACUGCUGGAAAAACUCAGCUUCAUAUUUCCGGUAUUGUAGGAGCUGUUGGCUGGGACUGAUCAUUGAUGAUCCCCGAAUGCUUAUCAGCUACUUUUUGGUCUUUCUGCUGGCUAGUUUCAAACUUCAUGCAGAUCACUCAUCCUAUUUCUCUCAGUCAACCUAUCAGAAAAUGAUGUCUCAGCAUAAAAAUUUAUUUGUUUGGCGAGAUCUCUCUUUUGAAAUGAAAAGCAUGUGGACUUUUCUUGACUACAUAAGACUUUAUUGUUAUUGCCAUCUAUUGGACCUUGUCCUGGUACUGAUUUUGAUUACUGGAACUCUUGAGUAUGAUAUUCUGCACCUUGGUUAUCUUGCUUUUGCUCUUGUUUUUUUUCGGAUGAGGCUUGAAAUUCUCAAGAAGAAGAAUAAAAUGUUCAAGUUCUUGCGUAUCUACAACUUCGUGGUCAUUGUUCUUUCUCUUGCCUAUCAAUCUCCUUUUGUAGGGGAGUUUAGUUCUGGGAAGUGCAACUCUGUGAACUACAUAUACGAUGUCAUUGGAUUUUAUAAGUAUGACUAUGGGUUUCGAAUUAAUACCAGAUCUGUACUCGUUGAGAUUAUCAUUUUUAUGUUGGUAUCCCUUCAGUCAUAUAUGUUUUCCUCCCAAGAGUCUGAUUAUGUGUCACGAUAUCUUGAAGCAGAGCAAAUUGGUGCCAUUGUACGCGAGCAAGAGAAAAAAGCUGCAUGGAAAACUGCACAGUUACAACAGAGUCGUGAAUCUGAGGAGAAGAAACAUCAGCGCAACGUGCAAGUGGAGAAGAUGAAAUCUGAGAUGCUUAACUUGCAAAUACAGCUUCAUAACAUGAACUCAAUUGCAAGUCUGAGUGAUGUUUCUCCUGAUGAUGAAAGCCUACAGAGGAGUGUUUCUCUUACUUCAAAUAGGGAUAUUGGGCCUCCUGACAAAGAGGAAAGCACUCUUUGGGAGCGAGAGCAAACAAUUAAGGAGGAUAUUGUAUCCCCUCCUGAAGCACAUGCAUGUGCUGCUUGUAUUAAAGGAGAAAAUCCUGAAGUAGUGGAAUCUCCGAAGAAUUCCAUGGAACAUAGGCCCUGUGAGAUCACCGAAAUUGAGCAUGAUGCUGAUCAUGCUAUUUUUGAUACAGAGAAAAGGGGGAAAAGCCAAUCAAAGGACAAUCCUUUAAUUUCUGCUGUACACCUCUUAGGUGAUGGUGUUUCUCAGGUACAGUCCAUUGGAAAUCAGGCUGUUAAUAACCUUGUCAAUUUCUUGAACAUUAAACCUGAUGAUUCAGUUAUGAAUGAGCACUCGUCUGUCAAGGGUGAGGCAUAUGAUGAGACUGAGAGCCAAAAGAUGCAGAAUAUGAAUUUGAAUCGUUCUUCUUCUCUGCAAUCUGAUAAAAUUUCCAAUACUACAAGUUUGCAGCUGGGAAGGAUCUUAUGCCAUAUAUGGUCCCAAAUGCAGUCUAAUAACAAUGUUGUGUGCUACUGCCUAUUCGUCGUUGUCUUUCUGUGGAACUUCGGUUUGCUUUCUAUGGUGUAUCUUGCAGCUCUUUUCUUGUAUGCUCUAUGUGUGAAUAACGGACCAACUUAUAUCUUCUGGGUUAUUAUGCUCAUUUACACUGAGGCUUACAUUUUGUUUCAGUACAUGUACCAAAUUGCAAUCCAGCAUUGUGGUUUGAGUAUUAAUUCUGACCUACUUCGUAACAUAGGAUUUCCUACUUGUGAAAUCAAGUCAUCUUUUGUUGUGUGUUCGUUGCCUCUAUUUCUUGUCUACUUAUUUACCCUCAUACAGAGCUCUAUAAGUGCAAAAGAUGGCGAAUGGAUGUUCUCUACUGACUUUAACUUCCAUAGGAGGAGUUCUCAUUAUAGAAAAGAGGUUCUUGUGAACUACAGCUGGAGCAAAAGGGUGUCAAAGUUGCUCCAAUAUGUAAUAAAUAGGGUGAAACAGGUAACUAGAAGAUUCUUCUGGUACUGGAAAUCAUUGAUACAGGGGGCAGAAACUCCUCCUUAUUUUGUUCAACUGUCAAUGGAUGUUCACUUAUGGCCAGAUGAUGGGGUACAGCCAGAAAGGGUCGAGUCUGGUAUAAACCGACUACUCGAGAUAGUUCAUGAUGAAAGAUGUACUAAAAAAAUCUCUGGUCAUUGUCCAUUUGCUAGUAGGGUUCAGGUUCAAAGCAUUAAAAGAAGUCAAGAAAACCAAAAUGUAGCUUUGAUUGUUUUUGAGGUGGUUUAUGCAUCUCGCUUGACAGGAUGCACGUCAGCAGAUUGGUACAAGUCUCUAACUCCAGCAGCUGAUGUGGCAAAAGAAAUUCGCAAGGCAAAGCAUGCUGGGCUUGUUGAAGAGAUGGGAUUCCCUUACCAAAUACUCUCUGCAGUUGGUGGUGGAAAACGGGAAUUUGAUCUCUACGCUUACAUUUUUGUUGCUGAUCUUACUGUUUUUUUCUUAGUCGCAAUGUUCUACCAAUCUCUCAUAAAGAACAACAGUGAAAUUUUAAAUGUUUAUCAGCUAGAAGAUCAAUUUCCUAUAGAGUUCGUAAUUAUCUUAAUGAUCAUCUUUUUCUUGAUCGUUGUUGAUCGUGUACUUUAUCUAUGUUCAUUCGCAGCAGGAAAAGUUAUUUUCUACCUUUUCAACCUCGUUCUCUUCACAUAUUCGAUUACAAGGUAUGCUUGGCGGAUGAAACCUUCAGACCAGCAUGCUGGAAAACUAGCACUCCGUGCGAUCUUUCUUGCUAAAGCAAUUUCUUUAGCACUUCAGGGUGUACAAAUUCGACAUGGAAUUCCUCAGAAAGCCACCUUGUAUUGGCAGUUUUUGACCAGCAAGGUUUCAAGAAUUAAUUACUUGGGCUAUAGGCUUUAUCGGGCUCUACCAUUUCUUUAUGAAUUACGAUGUGUACUCGAUUGGUCAUGCACGACGACAUCUUUGACCAUGUAUGACUGGCUCAAACUGGAAGACAUAAAUGCAAGUCUGUACCUUGCCAAAUGCGAUGCAGUGUUGAAUAGAGCUACGCACAGACAAGGAGAGAAGCAAAAAAAAAUGACCAAGUGCUGCAAUGGGAUCUGUCUGUUCUUUAUAUUAAUUUGUGUUAUCUGGACUCCUAUGCUGAUGUACAGCAGUGGUAAUCCGACAAAUAUUGCAAAUCCCAUUAAUGAUGCAAGUUUUCAACUGGAUAUUAGUACUGGUGGUGGAAGGUUGACCUUGUAUCAGACAACACUUUGUGAAAAGCUCCAAUGGGAUAAUCUCAAUUCUGAUGUUAAUUUUGAUGCCUACAAUAAGAAUGAUAUACAAUUGAUAUGCUGCCAAGCUGAUGCAACUAUUUUGUGGCUCGUCUCUGAUGUAGUUCAGAGAAGGUUUAUUGAGUUCCUUGACUGGGAUAUGGACAUGGUUAUAACUUCUACAUGGCUGCUUACAAGAGAACGACCAAAGGGCAAGGAAGUCGUGAAAUAUGAGAAACCUGUUGAUUCCAAGGAUCUUCCAGAACCUUCAGAUGUCCAAAAGGUCUUCAAUGGUUCUACAAUCAGCUUUAGGAUAUAUAAUCUUUAUCCAAGAUACUUCCGUGUCACUGGUUCCGGUGAAGUCAGAUCUUUUGAGCAAGAGGUUACUUCAGGACCUAUUUCAGUGAGUGCAGAUCUUGUUAUCAAUCGCGCAGCUUCUGAGUGGUGGUCAUUCCAUGAUCUCGAUUCAUCUCAUAUAAGGGGCUGCGGAGGUUUGACAGGACCUACAGCCGUCAUAGUAUCCGAAGAAACACCACCACAGGGUAUACUUGGAGACACGCUAAGCAAGUUCAGCAUUUGGGGUCUCUACAUUACUUUUGUGCUUGCUGUUGGCCGCUUUAUCAGGCUUCAAUGUUCCGAUUUAAGAAUGAGGAUACCGUUUGAAAACCUGCCUUCCUGUGACAGGUUGAUAGCCAUCUGUGAAAAUAUAUAUGCUGCAAGAGCAGAAGGUGAGCUUGGAGUUGAAGAGGUCCUUUACUGGACCCUUGUGAAGAUUUAUAGGUCACCUCACAUGCUGCUUGAGUAUACCAAACCCGACUAGGUUGUUAAUGUCGAAUCCCUAGAGUUUUCUGUGAAACAAAAUUUGACUAUAACAGCCUGACGUACUGCAACAAAUUGAAAUGGUUGGUGAAUCUUGUUUGUCAGCCACGAAAAUCUCUGGUGGUCAUAGUUUCUUUUGCCAUGUUGAUUGUUGAAGAAACGCAAAAUGCUACACUACAAAACAUGAAGAAACAGCCUUCUUGUGGGUUACCGACGAUAAUUCAGGGUCUUGCUAUAUGCCAUUUUCUUACUUUCAAGUUUUUCUGGCCAUGUACAUAAAUUGUACAGUAUUAGAUCCUCUUCUACAAAUGUUGAAUACAAGGAGGCCAUUGCUUUACUAAUGUUGAAAACCCUAUCUUGUGUGGACAAAUAUUAUUUUAUAACUUUAGGCCUCAUGGAAAAUACCAAGAAAAAUAAAUGAAAUCUUUUGAAUUUCGCUUUUUGUGUUUGGUAUAA